AUCAGAUUGGCUGUUUUGUCGGAUCGGAUGACUGAUAAUCUAACGGGACGAGUAUUAUGAUGGACGGAGACUUAUUGUCCGCAAUAAACAAACAAAACUUUUCAAAUAUCAUUUAAUAAUGAAUAUCUUGCUCUUAGGCAUGGGUUUCUUCAGCCGAAAGAAGGCGUAAAUGAACGGUUGGCAGAAUGCUGCAGGUUUCAGGAAGUUGUAUAUUUGAAUCGGUUCAGCGGGGUGAGAUCGAUCGAGUUUCCCAUUUAUUACAGCAGGAUCGAGGAGUCCUGAAACAAAAAGGUUGGGGAGGUUUCACAGCCCUCCACUUUGCUGCUCUGCAUGGAAACCGGCCGGUAGCUGAACUCCUAUUGAACAGUGGUGCUGAUCCAAACAUCCCUUGUGAUGCAGGACAAACCCCUUUUCACUUUGCUUGCAGAAAUGGCAAUAUUUAUAUCAUGCACAAGAUGAUGCAGCAAGGUGCAGAUUUGCGCAUAGCAGAUGAGCAAGGGAAAACGGCUCUUCAUCAUGCAGUUAGUGGUGGAAGUGUUAUUGCCACACAGUACCUGUGGGAGACUAGAAUGUUUCGUUUCUCAGAUCCAGAUAACUAUCAGGUCACCCCACUGCAUUUGGCAGCUUCCACAGGCAAUACUGACGUCGUCCGAUAUCUCCUUCGAGCAAAGAGAUGCUCACCAGAUGCCGUGGACCAUCAGGGGGCAACAGCGCUUCACGUGGCAGCAGAGAAGGGCAUGAUUGAGGUGUGCUGGCUACUGUUGAAGAGUGCCGGACUCCACAUUUUACACAUGACAAACCACACCGGCCUCACGCCUCUAGACCUCUGUAAUCAAGGGAAUACUUUUAGACAUCAGCAGCUCUCCAGGAUUUUGACGGAUUUCAGUCAACAACCAAAAGAUCAGAUUCCUAAGGAUUCAUAUGUGAUGUACUUAUGGAUGCUGCUUUUGCCGUCUCUCAGCGGGGUUGCGGUUCUCGUUAUAGCUGCUGCUCUUGGUGAAUAUGGGGCAAUCUUCUCUGCGGUGCUUUUCCCCUUCAUGGCAAAAACCAUUCUGUCUCAGUAUCACAGACUGAGCAGCUUUCAGAGGUUACCAAAUCCUGUUUACCUGGGAACUCUGACUGCAGGCCUAAUUCAUUCCACUGUUUGCUUUCUCUAUAAAAUUGUACCUAGUUUCUGGCCAGCUCAUACACUCUUACACAUUUCACUGGUCCAUUUUUGUGUGCUCGUUGGACUUUUUUGGAAGGUUUUAAAGCAGAGCCCUGGACAACUCAAAGACGCUGAUACUGAUUCCCGGUUUUCCAGCAUAGGAGACUUAAUGGAAGCUGGACAGAGCCCAGACAGAUUCUGUAUUUACUGUGAGCUAAUCCAAGUGGAGAACUGCAAACACUGUCGUCUGUGUGACAUGUGCAUCCAGGACUACGACCACCACUGUCUCUUCAUCAACCAGUGUGUGGGACGGGAAAACCACCGCACCUUCAUCCUCUUCCUCAUGUCUAUGGUAAUGGCUCAUUUCAUCUUCAUCCUCAGUGCCGUUUUUUACCUCUACCUGAAAGUGUCAGGCCUGCAGCUGUCAGACUGGGGCUCGGUGGCGGGGCGAGAAGCCUGGGUCCUCCUGCUGACCCUGCUCAACCUCCUCUCUCUGCUCUGGGUGGGAUGGUUAUUGCGAGAGCAGCUUGAUGCCGUUUCCAGGGGGACCACCACCUAUUACAGGAGGUAUGACCUAAAGGGCCCUUCCAAAAGACAGCGGUUGGGUACAGUUGUUUCAUUCCUGCUGGAAGGGAAAAGAAGACAGCAGCGCAGUCAGUCUUUUAGCAUAUAGAGACUUUUUUAUGGGUAUGUGAUAUUUAUUGUGUAUGUGUGGAGCCAGUCAGAAAACAGUUCAAAUGCUUAAAUUUAAGUUAUGAAAGCAUAAAGUAUCACUGUAUAGGAUUUUGUUUUGUAAGAUAUGACGAUGUUUACUAAUAUCACACAAGCAAGCGAAGCGUUAUUCAAUAUCAACACAGUCACAAAUGUGUUACUGAUUUUAUACAACAGUAAAAUAAACUAGAAGUUACUAUGGUCACACUUUCUUUUAAGGUACAAUUUUCACUAUUAUUUAACAAUGUUUAACAUUCACUUUUGCCUCAACAAACUCCAAAUUUGUUGGUUAUUAAUAGUUAUUAGACGGUAGUCACUGUAGUUUUAGGUAAUGUGUACUAUAAUGUGUACUUUAUGAGUUCUAAUAAACAGCCAAUAUUAAUAGUGAGAAUUGGUACUUAAAUUAAGUGUUAUUGUUAAUAUUUACUGAGUUAAUUUUAAACACAGUUUGUCAUUUAUUUCUGUUUUGCCAACAAAAAGAGUUCCAAACACUGCCAGAGAUAAAUGUUUGUUCACUUUAUAGCAACAAUGUAGCCUUUUGUUCCUGAUUUUUAAACAAAUCAAAUUUGAAUUAACUAUUCGUUGAUACAUUCACUUGCUUCAUUUAUGAAUUAGUCAGAUAUAUAGAUUUAACUAAAUAUAUUACAACUAUCACUGUUGCCUCACAGCAAGAAGGUCUCUGUUUCAAGUCUCGGCUGAACGAGUUGGUGUUUUUGUGUGGAGUUUGCAUGUUCUCCCCGUGUUGGCGUGGGUUUUCUCCGGGUGCUCCGCUUUCCCCCUACAGUUCAAAGACAUGCGCUAUAGGUUAAUUGGAAUAACUAAACUGGCCGUAUUGUAUGGGUGUUUCCCAGUACUGGGGUGUGGCAGAAAGAGCAUCUGCUGCGUAAAACAUAUGCUGGAAUAGUUGAUGGUUCAUUCUGCUGUGGCGACUGCUGAUAAAUAAGGGACUAAGCCGAAGGAAAAUUAAUGAAUGAAUUAUACAACUUUUUGCCAGUUUUUACACCAGUUUCUAGGCAAUGCUAGUUACCAAAAGUCGAAGCCAAUCAGAGUUUACAGACAAGGAAAGAUUGUGUAGUUUAUGAUGGAUACUUUCUAGAUUCAGACUAUGAUUGUAUCCAGUCAAUUUUAGAACAAAAUGUGCAUAAACCAAAAACCUUGUACUGUAUGAUCCUUGGUUGUUGUUGUUGUUGUUGUUGUUGUUGUUUUUUCCUGUAACACAAAGUGUAUGUAAAUCUGUUCAGAUUUGAAGUGUAUUCUAGCCUCAAUUUAGAAAGAAUAUUCUGUAAAAUGUAACACAUCUAAACAUUUUAAACAAAAGAAAAUCAUUUGGAUUACAAUAGUUUCUAAGACCAAAGAGGAAUUAUAUUUCCCAGAUUAAAAAGUCUUACAAUAAUGCUUGAGUUGCUUCUGUCUUGCCACACUGUAAUUGUACCAUAUCUGUACUGUUGAUCUUUGUUUAUUAAUAUUUUUAUAUAAAAUAUUCUAAAUAAAUGCCUUUCAGUGUCAA